GGUGCAGGGCCCAAGGACUUGGGCCAUCCUCCACUGCACUCCUGGGCCACAGCAGAGAACUGGACUGGGAGAGGAGCAACCGGGACUAGAACCUGGCGCCCAUAUGGGAUUCCGGUGCCGCAGGCAGAGGAUUAGCCAAGUGAGCCACAGCGCCGGCCCCAAGCAAGCGAUUUGGAGAAGUGGUUUUCAAGACAAGGAGAAGUACACAGGUUCAAGAGAGAUUUAGGAAAUGGAAUGAGGAUGCGGAGGGGGUUGGGGAGAGAAUCGUCAAAGAUAAACUUGUAGGUUUCUGAUUUACAAGCCAGAGAGAGGACAUUACUGAACUGGGAACAUUUGGAAGUUUAGCUUCAUACGUGGUGAGUGAUAGAUGCCUUUGAGAUACUUAAGAGCUGCAAAGUGGGAAGUCACUCAGAUUUGAGGCCUUGGCUAGAAAUAAAAAUUAGUCAUCUGCAAAUAAAUGAUUAUUAAAGCCAUGUACACAAAUGAAUAAAGAGGGCCUACCUAAGAUGGAGUCCUGGAUGCUUAAUGGUCAGAUUAGAAGAAAAUGAAUCUACAGAGAAGAUUCAGGAGGAGUGUCCAGAGAGGGAAGAAAACUUGGGGAAUACAGAAGACAUUUUCCUAGAGAAGGGGAUUGACCAGCAGUAUCCGAUAUUACUGUGACUAAGGUGGUCCUGAAAAACAUGGUUUUAAGUUACCAAUAUGAAGACAAUUUCCCAUUCCUCAAAGGAAACCUUACCUGGAAGCACAAUUGAGGAAGAGAUGCUAGAACCGCAGGAGGAUGGCUUGAUUGACCUACCAGAUUACGAGCAUACAGAAGAUGAGACUUUUCCUCCUUUUCCGCCUCCAGCCUCUCCAGAGAGACCCGCUGAAGGGGCUGAGCGUGAUGGAGAGUCAGGGACUGGAGUACCUGUUCCUGUACCUCCAAAGAGAACAGUUAAAAGGAAUAUACCCAAGCUGGAUGCUCAGAGAUUAAUUUCAGAGAGAGGACUUCCAGCCUUAAGGCAUGUGUUUGAUAAGACAAAAUUCAAAGGUAAAGGUCAUGAGGCUGAAGACUUGAAGACACUCAUCAGACACAUGGAGCACUGGGCGCACAGGCUGUUCCCCAGACUGCAGUUUGAAGAUUUUAUUGACAGAGUUGAAUAUCUGGGAAAUAAAAAGGAAGUGCAGACCUGUCUAAAACGAAUUCGACUUGAUCUCCCAAUUAUACAUGAAGAUUUUGUUGACAAUAAUGAUGACGUAGGGGAGAAUAAUGACCGUGAUAUAACUGCUGCUGAAAUAGAUCCCUUGUUUACAAACUCACCUGAAAGUGCGAAGUUUGCCUCGGAAUCGAGUGGAAGCCUGACAGAAGAGCAACAACAAAGAAUCGAGAGAAAUAAGCAGCUGGCCUUGGAGAGAAGGCAGGCCAGGCUGCUGAGCGACGGUCAGUCCUCAGGACACGAUACGUUAAUGGACAUACCCAGAACACAGACUGUUGAAGAGGUGAAUACUGGGGAGGAUCAAGAGGCGGAGGGACGUGGGUCAAGCAAGGCCAUUUCCAUUUGUUCACAGAACGGUGCCGCAGCCACUUCUGUAAAUGAAGGGGAGGAAUUCAAGACAGAGGAGACACCAGCGGACCGAGCCUGUGGAGCUUCGUGCCCCUAGGGCUGCUGCUGUGGCUGCACGGCCUCUGCCUGUGCCUGUUGAGUCAUGGUUCUGCAGGCGCAGGAGUGUGUAUCGUCUGUGUGUGGAAAUCCUUAGCUGAUAAAUCGUACGCCUAUUCCUGCUAACUUUGUCACAUUUCGCUAAUUUAUUCUCUUUGGCAUUGAUUUUUGUACAAGUAUGACGUCUAAAUACAUGAUCCCUGGGAAAUAAGCAGCAGCCGUUUUGAAUGUCUUCAGUAGAUUCCGGGAUGUGUAAUGUGUAUUUGCAUCUUGAAACAACUGUUGCUGUGGAGUAUGUCUAUUUUUAAACAGCAAAAACACAAAUUCCUAUUCUCUUUAGGAACAUUUCUUGUUGCUAUUUAGUUCUGUAAUUUACACUUUCAGUAUAUACAUCUGGUUGACGCUUUACCCAGCCCCAGUGAGUUGAAAAUCCAGCUCUAGGUCUGCCCAAGUAAUUGGGCCAUCUUCUCCUGCUUACCUAGGCACAUUAGCCGGGAGCUGGGUCAGAAGUGGAACAGCUGGGACUUGAACCGGCCAGUUUCAAUAGCAAGCUUUUAGUUUUUGGGGAGUCAUCCACUGGAUCACUCCCCAGAUGGCCGCCAGGGCCAGGCCAGGAGCAUCUUCCCGGUCUCCCACGCAAGUCCACUGCUAUCCCAGACCGUAGCAGAGCUGGAUGGGAAGAGAAGCAGCCUGGACUAGAACCAGGGCCCAUAUGGGAUGCUGGCACCGCAGGUGGAGGAUCAACCUACUGUGCCAUGGCGCUGGCCCCAGACUGCAGUUCUCAAGUCUGCAUCCCACAUCAGAGCACUGGUUCAAGUCCCAGCGGCUCCACUUCAGAUCCAGCUCCCUCUAAUGUGCCUGGGAAAGCGGUGAAAGGUGGCCCAAAGACUCGAGCCCCUGCACCUGCGUAGGAGACCCAGGUGGAGUUCCUGGUUCCUGGUUCCUGGUUUUGACCUGGCCCAGGACUGGUUGUUGCAGUUUGGGGAGUCACCUGACAGUUGGCUGAGCCCUUUCUCUCUGGGUCUCCUGUUUUCAGAUGAAUUUUUUCUAAAAGAGCAAAACAAAGUUGGGGGUGGGGAGAGGACUCUGUGGCAUACUAGUUGAAGCUUCUGCCUGUGGCACUGGCAUUCCAUAUGGGCGUCGACCAUUCCUGCUAAGGGCCAAGGAAAGCAGCAGAAGAUGGCCCAAAUGCUUGGGCUCCUGCCAUGCAUGUUGGAGACGUGGAUGGAGUUCCAGAUUCCUGGGUUGCACCUGGCCCAGGCCCAGCCCCAGCCAUCGUGGGCAUUUGGGGAGUGAACCAGCAGAUGGAAGACCUCUUGGUCUUCCCCUGUCUGUGGCUCUGCCUCAAUUAAAUGAAAUAGAUCUUUAAAAAA